CGAAAUCAGGAUCCAUGGAUGCUGUGACAUCAUGUCAAGAUGGCUGUACAACCAGAUGGAGGGGUCGCGAGCCAAGGGUCAUAGCUUCUUGGAUCUACCAAUUGUAGAGGUUGGGUGCGUUUCAGAAGUUUGCCAAUAUUUACUCGCACCAUGGGAGCUUAUCGCAUAGCGUUCGCUCUGUCGAGAAACUCAGACGAGAGAUGCGUGCUUAGAUCAUUGGAUGUGGCGGCUUCAUAUUUGCGCUUGUUCUUCUUCAUAAAGAAAAUUGGAUCGCUUCCAGCCUCACAAGUCUCGUAACAAUCAAUCACGUCGACGAUAGCUUCAUACGAACGACAUAGAUAAGAGAUGUUCUACCAACACCUGCGACUAGCUGUUAUUGCAGCUCUGCUCCACUCCGGCCGCUGCCAAACCCAGACCUCGACAUCUUCGGCCUCAGGUGCCUGCCCGACCGUCUUAACCCCAUCAUAUUCGGCGCCGGUGGUUGGAAGCGGAUAUGUUGCGCAACUGAUUGUUAAAGGGCUCAAGAAACCCCGCGGUCUCUUGUUCGACUCGAAUGGAGCAUUGCUCGUUGUUCAGCAAGGAACUGGUAUCGUCCACGUCACAUUCUCUGAUAAUGGAGGUACCUGUCUUGUGGUAAAGAAGACCACUAAGCUCAUCGACGAUUCCAACCUCAACCAUGGAAUUGAGCUGUCAGGCGACGGUCGGACACUCUACGCCUCAUCCUCAAAUGAGGUCUACUCCUGGGCAUACGACCCGGAGGCGAUAUCUGUCAGCGACACUAAGCAGACAUUAGUAGGGAACAUGAGCAAUUCGGAUCAUGUAACCCGUACGCUCCUCCUCUCCCGCAAGGCGCCGGGUAUGCUCCUAGUUUCGCGCGGCAGUGCCGAGAACAUGGACGAGGGCGCAGCAGAGCUCUCGACGGGCCGCUCGGAGAUCCGCGCAUUCAACAUCUCGGACGCCGCCGAUGGGAAGCCAUACGACUACCCGAGCCAGGGCAAGUUGAUAGGUUGGGGGCUCCGCAACUCGGUCGGCGUGGCCGAGCAUCCCGUCACAGGUGGCAUCUACAGCGUCGAGAACAGUGCCGACCAGCUGCAGCGGUCGGGCAAAGACAUCCACGAGGACAACCCGGGCGAGGAGAUGAACUUCCACGGCUUCCUGAACGGGUCGACGGAGAGCCAGGGCGGCAAUUACGGGUAUCCCCACUGCUUUGCGUUGUGGAAUAAGAACGUCCCAGAUGUUGGCGGCAUGAAGGUGGGGAGCCAGUUCGCGCUCGAGCAAAGCGCUACUCUGAAUGAUACAACCUGUGCCGACGACUAUGUCGCGCCACGGUUGACCUUCCAGGCCCACAUGGCCCCCCUGGACAUCAAGUUCACCAAGGACGGCAGCCUCGCGUACAUCACCUUCCACGGCAGCUGGAACCGCAACAAGCCGGCGGGCUACAAGCUCUCUGCCGUGUCCUUCGCCGGCGGCGAGCCCGUCGAGCCCGCCGACAGCACCAAGGCGGCCGUCGACGUCCUCAGCAACGGCGACAACUCGGCCUGUCCGGGCGCCUGCUUCCGGCCCGCGGGCCUGGCCAUCGACGGCGAGGGUCGCAUCUUCAUGACCAGCGAUGCGACGGGCGAGAUCUACGUCCUGCGCCGCGCAGAGGUCUCGGCCAGCGGCACGGGCGGCGGUGGGGGCGGCACCAGCACGGGCGGCGGCGGCGGCGGCACGCUGGUGACGUCGACGAGCAAGAACAGCCCCAAUGCCGCGGCGGGCAUGGGCGUGGCGAGGGGGGAGAAUGGGCUGCUGCUAGUUUCGCUGACCAUUGCGCUGUCAGCCGUGAGUGGCGCAUUCUUUGCCAUUGCUUGAUGGGGAGGAAGGCAUACAUUGGCCGCUCGUGUGAGAGAGUUUGUGUAUAUGGGCAUGGGACAUGACACUCCUUCAGCCUCUUCUGCCAAUCGGCAGGUAAUAUCCUGUAUAUGACUAGGUAUAUACAUUAGCGAUUUAGUUAUAAUUUUGAAACUAAGAAGGUCAUCUAUUUCCUCGGCUUCGUUGUGCGCUCCGUCCAGGGUGGGUGGGAAGACAUCAU